UGUGGCUGGAGCUGGAGAGAAGUAGACACGCUCAUUUUCCCUUGGAAUCCACCUCUUCCUCUAAUUAAAUAUCGUUGGUCUAUUCUUCAAUUAUAUGAACAUUACACGUCGAACCCUCAGCUCUGCAUGCCGCUUGAUUAACAUCAACUGUAUCAGAAACAUCUCCUACUCACAGUGUGUUAUGACAUCAUCAAGGCAUACAAACUCCAAAAGGAUUGAGGGACUGGACAAGAAUGUUUGGGUGGCAUUCACCUCGGUGGCAGCAGACCCCACCAUAGUGAACCUGGGCCAGGGCUACCCCGACAUUCCUCCCCCAGCCUACAUCAAGGAGGGCCUGGCUAACGCUGCUGCAGUAGACAAGCUCAACCAGUACACAAGAGGCUUUGGCCACCCGUCUCUGGUAAAGGCUCUUUCUCAGGUGUAUGGGAAAGUGUAUGGACACCAGAUUGAUCCUUUCAAGGAGAUACUGGUCACAUUAGGUGGCUAUGGAUCCUUGUUCAGUACCAUGCAGGCACUGGUGGAAGUGGGAGAUGAGGUUAUAAUUAUCGAACCCUUCUUUGAUUGCUAUGUACCCAUGGUUCGAAUGGCAGGGGCAACACCUGUCUUGAUACCAUUACGACUUAGAUCCAAUAAGGAGACCAGUAGUAUUUCCAGUGCUGACUGGGUCCUGGAUCCAGAGGAACUAGCCAGUAAAUUCACCUCAAAGACCAAGGCCAUCAUUAUCAACACUCCCAACAACCCCAUUGGGAAGGUAUUCACCAAGGGUGAGCUUCAGAAUAUCUCCGACCUCUGCAUCAAACACGAUACUCUGUGCAUCAGUGAUGAGGUAUAUGAAUGGCUCAUCUACAAGGGACACCAACACAUCAAAAUAGCCACUCUUCCUGGCAUGUGGGACAGAACGAUCACCAUCAGCAGUGCAGGGAAGACCUUUAGUGUGACGGGCUGGAAGCUUGGCUGGUCUAUAGGGCCAGAACACUUGAUAAAGCACCUUCAGACUGUAAUGCAGAACACCUUGUACACCUGUCCAACGCCGCUGCAGGAGGCUGUGGCCCAGGGCCUGCUGAGGGACUAUGAGCUGAUGGGUCGGCCUGAGUGUUACUUCUCCUCUCUGGCCGUGGAGCUGGAGGGGAAGAGGGACCGCAUGGCUGCUAUCCUACAGGACGUUGGCAUGUCUCCUAUCAUACCUGAGGGAGGGUACUUCAUGUGCGUGGACGUCACACCCCUUAAUCAGGACUUGUCUCAUAUGGAAGAUGAUGAGCCUUACGACUACAAGUUUGUCAAGUGGAUGAUUAAGGAGAAGAAACUGGCAGCCAUUCCGGUCACAGCAUUCUGUGGUGAUGCUUCCAAGAAGCAGUUUGAGAAAUACAUCCGUCUAUGCUUCAUCAAGGGCCUUGAACAAGACAAGUGAUGCUUCAAAUCAAGCAGGAUUUCUAUUAAAGGACCGCCAGCCAGACUCUUUCCUAAAGGCCCGCCAGCCAGACUCUUUCCUAAAGGACCGCCAGCCAGACUCUUUCCUAAAGGACCGCCAGCCAGACUGUUUCCUAAAGGACCGCCAGCCAGACUGUUUCCUAAAGGACCGCCAGCCAGACUCUUUCCUAAAGGACCGCCAGCCAGACUCUUUCCUAAAGGACCGCCAGCCAGACUCUUUCCUAAAGGACCGCCAGCCAGACUCUUUCCUAAAGGACCGCCAGCCAGACUCUUUCCUGAAGGACCGCCAGCCAGACUGUUUCCUGAAGGACCGCCAGCCAGACUCUUUCCUGAAGGACCGCCAACCACUCUUUUCUAAAGGACCGCCAGCCAGACUCUUUCCUAAAGAACCGCCAGCCAGACUCUUUCCUAAAGGACCGCCAGCCAGACUCUUUCCUAAAGGACCGCCAGCCAGACUGUUUCCUAAAGGACCGCCAGCCAGACUGUUUCCUAAAGGACCGCCAGCCAGACUCUUUCCUAAAGGACCGCCAGCCAGACUCUUUCCUAAAGGACCGCCAGCCAGACUCUUUCCUAAAGGACCGCCAGCCAGACUGUUUCCUAAAGGACCGCCAGCCAGACUGUUUCCUAAAGGACCGCCAGCCAGACUCUUUCCUAAAGGACCGCCAGCCAGACUCUUUCCUAAAGGACCGCCAGCCAGACUCUUUCCUAAAGGACCGCCAGCCAGACUCUUUCCUGAAGGACCGCCAGCCAGACUCUUUCCUGAAGGACCGCCAACCACUCUUUUCUAAAGGACCGCCAGCCAGACUCUUUCCUAAAGGACCGCCAGCCAGACUCUUUCCUAAAAGACCGCCAGCCAGACUCUUUCCUAAAAGACCGCCAGCCAGACUCUUUCCUAAAGGACUGCCAGCCAGACUCCUUCCUUCAUUAUCCACCAUUACUGGUUAAUUUCAACCCAUUUUGUAUCUGUUGAUCUGUGUGGACAAGUUUGCUCUGUUAUUUUCUGUCUCUUCCUGCCCCCCAGACAGACAGAGGAGGCUUCUCUGGAAUGAUCCCAAAUUGACCAGCUCCAGGGCAGAGACCCCCACUGGCUUAUUUCAUCACUUCCUUUUCCUUUUGGAGCAAGAAAGGUAUUUCACUGUACUUGUGCAUGUGAAAUUGAAACUCUUCCGGUCUAGAAAUGUCAUUUCCCCUGGAGAAAGUUGGGCCUACAUUAACAUUUCCUUCCUGUCGGUCGAUGAGGGACCUGAAGACAAGAACCCACCUAGUCAUCACUUUGGCUAAGGACAUCCUGUUUGGCCUAGUAAUAGAUAAUACUAUAGGUCUACUACUACCAAUCUUAUAUUCUGCUCAUAAUGUAGGUGGAUUUAUAGUCCCGUGAAAACUAUGUCCAGUUUGGAAGAGAGUGGGGCGAAUCCAAGGUUUUGUUCAUUGUGAAGGUCUGAUGUUUUUAUCAUGCUUAAGACCUUCAGUAGACAAAACAUUCCUAUAUAUCACUUAGUAAAGGGGGCAGGAAAAAGACAGAGUUUCCUAUCAAUCCCAAUGUUGUAAAAUAUUCCUGAAAUGAUAUCGCCACUGCUCUACCUCUACUUGUAUGCAUUUGAUUAAACAGUAUUGGAAUAUCACCCUCCUUUAUCAGCAAUAGGUUUAUACAGUGUCAGCAUGGCUGGGUCCUGCUCUGUCAAACUACACACACCCUGUUUCAGACCAGUCAUGCAGGCUGGGGCACAGUACAGCCUCUUCACUGUGCAGCCCUGGACCGUGGGAGAGGGAUCCUGUUUCUCAGGUCAGACUCAUCUGAGUCAGAGUACACUUGUAGUGUAGCACGCACACACGGUCUGAAACGUGACUUGAGGCUGGUUUGUCAGGUUUCACUAGAGGUACCAGUUUAUUAUCUACGAGUGUUUCGGUUCAGGAUGAACUACCAGUCAAAAGUUUGGA